AUGCCAUUACUUCCACAACUACUCUACUUGAUUAGAGGGUACCUGCUGAACCAUAGAUGGUCUGAAGCGUUGCAGAUAUUAGAGAACAUUGUUCAGAUACCUUUAGGCUCAUCAAAUACUGUGUGGAAGGUUUUAAAGAUAAGAGGGGUAAGUGAGAUGAAUGAAAAAGAAGUAUUGAUGGAAUAUGUAGCAUAUUUACUGCAUAUAGGGGAUGAUGAGGAAGCUUGUACUGUAAUGCAGGAAGUUCGUAAACGACAUGGGCUAAAGAAAAUUACAAGUGAAGAAAGAGAGAAGUAUACUGAUCAUAUGCACAAAGCUUAUCUUGGAUUACUUUGGUAUUUGGAGUGGAAAAAAUACUUAAAAUUACAUGAGGAGACUGAGGCUAAAUGUGAUGGAUCAAAACAAAGUGAUAAUCUAAGCCAGCAUAUGAUGAAUUCACAGAAACAGUCAAUGGCCAUACAGAUGGAGAACUUUUGUGAGAAGGCAAAACAUUGUUUCAAUGAGCUGAAGGAGUAUCCAGGAAUCUGGGAUAUAUUUAUAACCAAACAUGCAGAAUUACUGACUUGGCAGAAUAAGGAGAUGGAUGCAUUUGCAGUUUUGAAGAACUAUUGUGAGAAAAAUCCUGGCAACUUGAAUGCCCACAAAUACCUGUACAACUUUUGCAAGGAGCACUUCCCUGAACAUGAGGGCAAGAUUUCAAGCCUUCAAACUAUUGCCAAGUUAUCUCCCUCUGAUAGUUUGGUGCUAGAUCUCUGCACUCUUCUUAUUGAAGAUGGUGAUAUUAUCUCUGCUGUGCCGUUAUUAUUCAGUUUACUGGAUUACUCUUGUUGGCAGUCUAUUGAAAAGCCAUGGAGAAUAAUGUCUGAAUGCUUGAAAAAAAUUCAUAAAGACAAAUCUGAAAAAGAAUUGGCAGCUAUACAAACAUGUUGGAAAGAAAGGGAGUCUUGGUGGCCAUCUUAUCACUUUACAAAACAUAGGAUAGCUAACGAUAAAAGAUUGCUAAGUGGUGAAGGAAAUACUCUUAUAUAUCAUAAAGCUAUGGUAGCUGGUUUUGUAUAUGGAAAAGAUAACGAAUUUGUGGAAGAGGCUAUGAAAUAUUUGACAAGAAGAGAAAUAAAGCAGUUAAAAAAGGAUAUUGUUCAAUGUCCUUGACAUCAAAGGUCAAAUCCGUGCAGCUAUAGUGCAAGUCAUACCAGUAUUGCUUUCUCGUCUGAAAGUGAUCUUGGUGGCAAAUAUCUCUGGUGAGCAGCCAGAACUUGAUGAGCAGGAAGGAAUAAAAUUUGAUAUGUGAAGACUUGAAUUUCAAAAAUUACCAUCUGGAAUUAGAUGUGUGAAGCAUAUCUAAAGAUGAAGUGGCAGAUUUAAUGUUUGAUCAUUAUAAUGGAGAUACAGUAGGUGAUAAGAUUUGUAAUGAAUAAUAUCUAACAGGACAAAAUUAAUGGGUGAUUCAUAUGUUACACCUAUAAUAAGAUAUAUAGUGGGUAAUUCAGUAUGUAACAAAAUAUCUGUGUACUAGUAUACAGUGGGGCAUUAGAAUUGUGACAACUAUCUCAAGUAACAAUUCAUAAUUAGAUAAAUUUGUGAUUGAUAUCUGGUGAUGCAGUGGAAAAUAAGAUAAGUGAUGGAUAUUUCUACAUGCAGUCAGGGAUUAUGUAUUUGAGGAGUAUCUUGAGUUACAAUGGGGAAUUAGAUAUGUGACACUUAUCUGGUAGAUAAGGCAAGGAAUAAGAUGUAAUAUGUGUUCUGUUACUCAAGAACCAGUUGUAGGCAAUUAAAUACCAGACAUGUAUCUCAGUAUUAACUUUCAACCCGCUGUAAUUCUUAAAUGGACUUGUCCAGCUUCCAUUUAUGCAACUAUCCAUUAUCAUUUUUAGGGAAAUCCAGAUGAAAAUUUAAGUUGGCUUGGCUCUAUACUGGUGGCAAAGACCAUUUAUUUUCAUUUCCAGCAGGUUAUAGGUUAAGUUUGGAAUUAGAUAUGUGAGAAAUAGGGACAAAUAUUUCAUAACAACAGAGGGGAUUUUGAAUUGUGAGAAAUAUCUCAAGAAACAGAGGAGAAUAAGAUAUCUCAGAAAUAUCACCAGUGGGGAAUAAGAUAUGUUACAAAUAUCUCUAGAAACAGUGUGGAAUUUGAAUCGAUAAUAAAUGUUAGUGUAAUGGUUAAUGUUAGUCUUUUUAUCCUGUUUACACCCUUGUUACUUGACUAAUCAAAUAAUGAAAGUUUGUUGCUCUUCAGUGGAGAUGCAUAUAGUCACCAGUUUGUAUAUCUGUAUUGGCAUCUGCAAACUUGAAUGGCUCAGGGAACAACAGUAAAUUUUCUUUGAGGCUUAGCCACUAUUCAUUCAGUAAUAUUUUUUUCAGGAUUUUAUAUGGCUAAAAAAAUUGAGAGUAGCCAUAUAACUAUCUAAAUCUGAGGAACUUCUCAGCUUCACUACCAAGAGGUCUUUCAAUAAGCAGUAUGUUAUGGUGUAAUGAUUUUCCACAAAGUUAUGUACCUUUAACAUCAUUUCUGCUGUAAUUUAUCUCAAAUUUAUCCAAACUUGAUACAUGUAUUAAUCUACACUAUCAAGAGGUGUGCAUUUGUCGCAACAUUUUUCUGCUCAAUGAUUUGCCUUCAUUUGAAAUUUAGGAGAAUAUCUGUGAUGGCGUUAGUCCAUAUGUCAAUCUGUACACGUCACACCUUUCUUUUGCAAUUAUUUAACCUGGAAGGAGUAAGUAACUUGAACAUUGCCCAUGGCCAGUAGAUGAUCCCUUUUGAUUUCGACAUCAGAUGGUCACCAUGGCUUUAACCAUUAAAAACUUGUACGACCAAAAACUAGGGAUGCAUUUUUCAACUCUAAAAUUUGGUGUGAAGGUUUGACGCAACUAGAGGGGUGAC